GGCCGCCUCGUGCGGCGGCCCUCCCGUCUCUCCCUCGGCCUGCUUCUCGCCGUCGCUGUCGCUCCUCGGCAGGAUGCCCAACAUCAAGAUCUUCAGCGGCAGCUCCCACCAGGACCUCUCGCAGAAGAUCGCCGACCGCCUCGGCCUCGAGCUGGGCAAGGUCGUCACCAAGAAGUUCUCCAACCAGGAGACCUGCGUGGAGAUCGGCGAAAGCGUUCGUGGCGAGGAUGUGUACAUCGUGCAGAGCGGCUGUGGGGAGAUCAACGACAACCUGAUGGAGCUUCUGAUCAUGAUCAAUGCCUGCAAGAUCGCCUCGGCCAGCCGCGUCACUGCCGUCAUUCCCUGCUUCCCCUACGCUCGCCAGGACAAGAAAGACAAGAGCCGGGCCCCAAUCUCUGCCAAGCUGGUUGCAAACAUGCUCUCGGUUGCCGGUGCAGACCACAUCAUCACGAUGGACCUCCACGCCUCUCAGAUCCAGGGUUUCUUUGAUAUCCCCGUGGACAACCUGUAUGCCGAGCCUGCUGUGCUCAAGUGGAUCAAAGAGAACAUUGUUGAGUGGAAGAAUUGUACCAUCGUCUCACCAGAUGCUGGGGGAGCCAAAAGAGUGACCUCCAUUGCUGAUCGGCUGAAUGUGGACUUUGCCCUCAUUCACAAGGAGCGGAAGAAAGCGAAUGAAGUGGAUCGCAUGGUGCUGGUGGGCGAUGUGAAGGAUAGGGUGGCCAUCCUCGUGGACGACAUGGCGGAUACCUGCGGCACCAUCUGCCAUGCAGCAGACAAGCUGCUUUCUGCUGGAGCCACCAAAGUGUAUGCCAUUCUGACUCAUGGGAUCUUUUCUGGGCCAGCCAUUUCCCGAAUCAACAAUGCCUGCUUUGAGGCAGUCGUUGUCACAAACACAAUCCCGCAGGAGGACAAGAUGAAGCACUGCCCCAAAAUCCAGGUGAUUGACAUCUCCAUGAUCUUGGCCGAGGCCAUCAGGAGGACUCACAAUGGAGAAUCUGUUUCUUACUUAUUCAGCCACGUCCCUUUAUAACAAUCAAUGCUGCUGUUUGUGUGGCUUUUUGGAAAAAAACGCCCCCCAAAAUUCAUUUUAAGGUUCAGUAGAAGAUGUUGCUUGUUUGACUGCAGCUCCCUUCCAUUCUGCCUCCGUGCUUCUCGGAGCUUGAGAGACAAGGGCCACCUUUUCCAGCGCUUAGACCACCAUCCAGUGGCUCUUCUGUAGCUUAGGCUUCUCACGAAAUUGUUCAAUCAUUUCCCAUCAGAAGAGAACAGAACUGAUACUGCAAACUGCCACACAUUACGGGGGUGAGAAUUUUUUGCAUGCAAAAAUUCUGGAGUGUGUUGUAUCAGUAGGUGAACAGCCACCACUUGGCAGAAAAUAGUCCUGUCUCUGAAGUGCGGACGGGGGCCAGUCGUGUGGCUGAUCCUGCCUGUCGCGAGACACAUUGCCUUGCUUGCCUGCUGGCCCAGCCUGGCCUUUCUGCCUCUUGUCCAGUCCAUUUCAGAAGAGCUGAGGGCGUCCUUCAGCCUUUCCCUAUUCAGUCGUUUACUGUUUAAGGCUUUGCUAGUAUUAGCCCUUCUGCCCACAUCAGCCUCGCUUUGCUGCCCAGAGGUGUUUGUGGAUCUUCAGAAGCUUUGGGGAGGGGACACGCCACCCACUUGACUCCACAGUGAGGCAGCCGGCGCGGGUCGGUUUAUUUAUUGAUGCUUUUGGGUUGCUACCUGUUAAUGCUCACUUGACCCUUUCACAAUGGGGCUGGGGAGAGCUCAGCUGUUGCAGAGCAGAGAGUGGCAGAGGCUUGGGCUCGGAGCCACUGCUCCUCUCCUCUGUACCGGGGAGAACAAAGGCUGCACCGAGCAGCCUGGCUUUGCAGACGAGCAAUCGUCCAAGGAAGCCGCUUGCUCCUGGCCUCCGGCCUCGAGAGCGCCAGAAGAUAGAACUAGAGGUACCUGAAGAACAGCUGUGGGGCUGCCCUUUCCAGAUGCUGGCCCUGGUGCCUUUUGAAUGAAACAGCCCCCUUCCAAGAUUGGCACCCUGUCGAGUCACCAUUGUGAACGUCUGUGGUUUUCUGCUUUGUGUCUGUCUGGCACAUGAGCGCAUGUGUGUUGCUUCUUUGCUUUGGGUCCUUCAUGCUGCCUCUCUCCAGCUCCUGCCUCUACUCCACCCUGGUGUGAAUCGGAUGGGGAGGACGCAGGAGCAACAGAAGGUUCCCUGACAUUUGUGUUAUCUGAGACCUCAAUGAAAGAGGAAUUAAACUUUUAUUUAAAACCAAAAA